CAUGACCGGGCGUGUUUACACCUGCGCUGACACAAAAGAGACGCAGCAGCAACACUCCGCUGCGUCUCUGAACACCGCUGCCGUCUCGCUGACAUAAGAAGGAAUAUUGUCAGUGGAGGUCAGUGUGUAAGCGACACUCGCCUGGAGCUGAUAUUAUCAGCAACCUCUCAUAGAGUCCAGCGAAGGUCUGCAAACCCAUAGUCCACUACAUUCCAGGAUGGAGGACUCAGAUGUAGAGCAGGUUUCGUUGGCUCUCUUGGAUGCUGCCAAUGAUAAAGACCAGCAGGUCCAGGUUCAGGUCAGGAAGUCGAUGUUGACGCUGGGAAAACAGCAGCCUGACCGAGUGUUAGCCAUGUGCCAGGACUACCUUCUGAAACAUCCCAAGUUGGUUGUCAAUCACCGCGUCGUAAUCCUACGAACCAUUGAAUUGAUUGUGGAGUGCAGGAUAGAGUCUAUUAGUUACGCCAGGAUAAAGAACAUCAUCUCCCUGGCGUCAGAUGAGAUGACACGGUCCAAGGAAGUGAUCCCUGACUGGCAGCAAGCGGCCAGUAACAUAUUAGUUGCUGUUGGCAACAAGCACAUCAAUGACAUCAUGGAGGAGAUACUGAGCAAGUUUCAACCUGGCAUCUUGCCACACUUCUUUGUGGUCCAGACGCUUGCCAGUCUAUCUGAUUCAAAUGUUUAUGGCAUGGUACCUUUCUUGAAUGCUAUUCUUGGUACCAUGCUGCCCAUGCUGAACAUGGCCAAACAGGACAAUCUGAAGUGGGUUUUUUCUUUUGCCUUAUGUCGCUUCAGUGAGAGCAUAUUGGAGUAUCUGGCCAACCUGGACAAGGCUCCUGAUCCGACCGUCCGCAAAGACACGUUCUCUGGGGAAUUCUGUGCAGCAUUUGACAUCCUUUUCAACAGCUGGUUGCAGAGCCGGGAGUCCAAGUUGAGGCUGACGGUUGCUGAAGCUGUGGCCUCCAUGUGCCAUCUGAUGGCUCAUGAUAAACUGGAAGAGCACAUCCCAAAACUCCUGCCUGCCAUCCUCUCUCUUUACAAGAAGAACAAUGAGCACUAUAUCAUCAGCAAGAGUCUUUGCCAAGUUCUUGAUGCGUCUGUCAACAUGGGCAGCAGAGUAUUGGAGACGCAACUGGACAGUCUGCUGUUUGUCCUGCACCAACAGGUGUCUGCUACUGUGGACUAUAGCAACCCUCCCACCAUCAAGAACCACAACGAAGUGCUUCGCUGCUUCAGUCUUUUGGCCAACGUCUUCCCAGACCGAGUGGUCAUGUUUGUCCUCCAGAGGCUUGAGAACAGUAAUGAACGCAGCAGGAUGGGCUCCUUGGCUGUGCUGCGGCAUCUCAUCAACUCCACUCCUUCUAUGAUGGAAUGUAAAAAGUUGCUAAUCCUUGCAAGCAUCCGACAACCGAUGGCGGACCAUAGCAACAAGGUCAAGAAGCGUCUGAUCCAGGUGAUCAGUGCAAUGGCUCAUCAUGGUUACCUGGAGUUGGAAGGAGGAGAGCUCCUGGUCCGAUUCAUCGUUCAAAACUGUGCCCUGCCCGACACAAAUCAGCGAGGCCAGAAGCCCACAGACCCUGAGGAAGUUACGAACGAGGCACUGAGGACGAUGUGUGACAACACUCUUCACUUGCUCACCACAACUGUUGGACGUCUCGCUGAUGUAUUAUGGCCCAAGCUUCUGUACUAUCUGACGCCCGCUCAGUACAGCAAUGCCACCACACCUCUGUGCAAGAGCCUCAUUGUGUUGGGCAGCAAGAAAAAAGAGAAUCAGGAUUCAAGUUUCAAAAUAGACUUCUCUCAGGAAGUAAAUCUGCCUUCGCCACAGACGCUCAUGAUCAGACUACUGGUGAAUGCAGCAUUUCCAUUCAACAGCCGAUGCCAUGGAGCACCAUCCCUCUCACUGCUUCGUGUCCUCAGCGUCAAUAUUCAUCACAAUACAGAAUCUCUCUGGGAAAAAGAAAUUCCCACUCUUGUGUCGAUGUUGGAAGAUUCAAAUGCAGAGAACUUUGACAAGAGGUGCUGGAAUGAAAGUCUAUUGAAGUUCCUGUCCAAAACGGUGGCUUGUGUUGAUGAUGACAAAUGGUCCUGUCAUUUAGCAGCUGAGGCCACAAGAUACCUCUCGACUUACAACAAUGAUUUGGAGGAGAAGAGUUUCCUGUAUCAGUGUAUAGGUGUGACUCUGCAGCAAUGUUUUAAUAAGGAGGUGGUGAAGAAACAGCUGCAGGACAUUCUUCUUGCAGCUCGACACAAUAAUGCUGUCGAAAGAGAGGGUGUUGCUCUGGGUAUCGGACUUUGUGCCAACAGCCACUUGGAAGGCACGUUAGCCAAGCUGGAUGAGUUUGGAAAAUCUGAUGCCUUCAAGAAGUCACAAAGCAUCUUCAACCUGCUCAAGGAUCGUAAUGAGGUGGAAGUUGAAAAGGUGAAAAGCACUUUAAUCCUUUGCUACGGUCAGGUGGCCCUGAACGCACCACCCGAGAAGAUAAUUCAUCGCAUUGAUGAAGACAUCCUGCGCUGCAUUAGCAAACACUUCAACACUAAGGUUCUGGGAAUUAAAGUAGAGACUAAGGACCUGACCAUGAAGCUCAGCUUGAUCCAAAGUAUUGGGUUCAUUGCCAAAGCCAUCAGCGAGUGCGUUAAAAAACAAGGAUAUAUCUUCUCUCGGAAGCAGGAGCUCAUCAAUGUCAUGCUGGACUUCAUCAAAGCAGAGCCUACAGAUGUCCUGCGGACUCCGGUACGUCAUCUUGUGAUGGAUACCUGUGCCAACCUCAUGCCUUUGGAUCCGGCUUUGAAUGAAAGUGAAAGGUUUGAUCUGCUAAAGGUGUGUUUGGACAGCGUAUACACGUUGCCACCUGACACACACACUCCAGAGAGAACCAAAGAUGAGGACAUGUUGGACCCCAAGCAGAGAAAAGCCUUGUAUGGAGACACCAUGACGUCACUGCAUCGAUUACUUAAGAGUGUACUGGCCAGAGAUCCCACACCUGACGGCUUGCAGAGCGUCUUCAAGCACAUCGAGCCAUGGCUAAGUUCAGAACAAGAGCAUGAGCGAGAGAGAGCCAUUACAGCCACCGCUGAGAUGCUGACCCACUACCUGGAUAGUCUUACUGUUAAGAACAUGGUGUCUUUCCACAAUCUUGGCGCCCUUCUGGGCCGACUGUCUCCCCGCUGUGCCGACCCCAACCCUCUAGUGCGUGCAGCUGCUGUCGACUGUAUCUACACUUUGCUUUACAUACAGUUGAGAUAUGAAGGUUUUGCUCUUGACUACAAGGAUGAGGCUGUAGACAGUUUGUUGCAACUUAAGGAGCAGUUGGAAAACCCUGAUCACUCCAUUCUCUUCAAGACCUGCUCGGACCUCACCAAGGUGAUGAGCAAGCGUCUGCCCCAGAUGCAGCUGUCCACGUUGGUGUUCAUGUUGUUUGAAGGACUGGUUGACAGCCAGACAAACUGCUGCCGAGCGUCAUCCGUCAUCCUGAAUACACUGCUGAAAAACAGAGGAGGUGGUCUUCAAGAAAUGGUGACCGAGAUGCUAGAAGUGCUCCAUGUGCGCCUGCAGAGCAUCACAGAUGAGCAGGUCAGAGUGGCUGUAGGAAAGACCGUGCUGAUUCUGGCGUCUCAACAUCUUCAAACUGUUUUUGAGACUCUAGUUAACCAGCCACUUCCCUUCGACAGUUGGAUCUGUGAGAUGUGGAUGGCGUUGGGAGCUGACGCCAUCAUGGCCAAUCAGGUCUUUGAGAUGGUGAUGGAGAAAAUGGUCAUCAUGGCUCCUUAUGUGGACAGAGAGUCGAUGAUGAGAGGAACGGCCAAGGUGGCCACUAGCCAUCCGCUUGCAAUGACCUGCGGCCUGAAAGAGUUGCUCCUGAAUGGACAGUGUCAGGAGCCGGUGAUCAGUCAGUUCUCUCGUCUCUUUUCCUGCCUCACUGUCAGACUGGCAGCCAGUGUCGGAGUCGUAGCGCCGAAAGAUGCGAGCACGAAACAAAUUCUCCCUAUUCACAUCGCUGGGGUGGCUACUGAUGCCCUCAGAAUCUUGCUAGCACGAGCCCAGUUGGAUGAGGUGAUGAAACGACUGGAUGAGGAAAACGCAUGGGAGGCAAUGAAGGAACCAAAUACACACAUCACCGGAGUUACACAGCUAGCAAGGGCGAUGGCCAAGCAUGCAGGUCCCAGGUUGCCGGCUAUCGUGGAGUGUUUGUGUCCGUCCCUGAACAACAUCUAUCAGUGUCAGAGGAUCACUGUGACUGCCUUCUUCUCUGAGCUUCUGAGCCAUCAUGUUGUGACCGAGUUGAUGCUGAUUGACAUGCUGAUGAACAACAUGAUGGAGAGGAUAUCUGAUCCAUGCUGCACUGUGCGCAUGCUAGCCGUGCGGGGGCUGGGAAACAUUGCUCUGGGGUCACCUGAAAAGGUGAAUAAAUAUGCCAAAGAGCUUCUUGCUGCCAUGAGCUCGGGGAUGGAGGAGAAAGACGACCCUGGUAAACUGAUCACUCUUGAAGCCAUGUCAGGUUUAUCUAAAGUUCUCCUCCACCUGGACAAGCAGAACAUCCAUUUGUUAGUUGUUUACAUCUUCAUGAAGAUUAAGCCUUUUUUGGAAAGUGACAACGAUGAGAUCCGCUGUGCUUCCAUUCACCUGAUGGGAAACCUCUCCAAGUUCGGUUCUGGUGAGCCAGUCUUCAAAGACCAGAUCCACAAUGUCCUGGUCAGCCUGUUGCUGCAUCUGUGUGACCCAAACCCACAAGUGGUCAAGGCCUGUAAGUUUGCCAUGCGUGUGUGUGCUCCCGUGGUGGGGUCCGAGCAGAUCACAGCUAUGUUCCAGAACCACUUGCAUGAAGACAAGAGCCUGCACUAUGGAGAGUUCAUAAAUGACCUCACCAAGUACCUGAUCCAGGAUUUCCCAGGCAUGCUCAACUUCUACCACAUCUCAGUCAUCCAGUUUUUCAAGAGUAACUGGUCUGAGGUCCGAGCAGGAGCUGCCAUGUUCAUCGGGUUUCUGCUCGGGAAUCUUUCGCAGGAGCAUUUGUCCCACCUCAACAUGGCCACCAUCACGAAAGGCUUAGUGAUGCUGCUGCAGGAUCCUGAUCCUGUGGUGAGAGUGAAGGCUGCCGAAGCCAUGGGAUAUUUCCAAUGACGGCCUCAGUGUCUACAUGUCAGUGGGCCAUUGUGAUUUAGUUCAACAUGUUCAUGUGCACUCUUUGUAAAUAAGAUGAUUAAGUGUCAAGAAAACAACCACAGGGCCAGAUUCCAAAUCUCAUGAUCAGCCAGUAGAUUUGUAUACUAAAUACUCAAACACAAAUAAACACCGUUUUUAUUUGCUUGAGCUAAACCUUCAUUUAACUUACUAAAACGUGACCUAAAACUGUGUUGCAUUUCUCCACAGAGGUUUUUCUGUUGCUAACCAUUGUUGUCUGUUAGCAAACCUUAAAAGAUAAUAGUCAGUGAGAGGUACUUUUUUAUGUGUUGGUCUUCAAACAGUGUUUAGAAAAUGACGAUACACAUUUAUAUAUACGCAAUGCAUUAUAGAGAUAUUUUCGUGACUGGUGAUGAAAGUGUCUUUAGGUGUGCAUGUUCUAACUGUAAAUAUUUGUCUUUAUCUAAGUCCAGCCUUUUUUUAAGUGAACUAGCUGUCAUGUCUUCCAUUGAAUAUGAAAUCGAGCUCAGUUUUCGUCCUUGAGAUAUGAGAUGUUUCAGGCCGUGUGCAAACGCCGACCUGGCCUCUUUUCACUACAUUUGUGGUACAAAAUAAAGUUUAUUUGCGUGGAAAUUCAUGCCAGGGUUUUUCUGGUGCCAAAAAACUCCACCAAAAAUAAUAAAUAAAAAAAAAAAUAAUAAAAAAACGUGUUACCUGCAACCACUUUUUUGUAUGCUUUUUUUUUUUUUUUAAACAUUCACACUCAUGUUUACGCUGAUGUAAUGUGCCGUGUCAGCAAGACUUAAUAAAUAUAUAAAUAAAUAAUGCUCAUAGCGCUCAAGAUAAAAAUAUUUAGCUUUUUUUAUUUUCACAAACCGUCCUCUAUGUAUUUGUCUGUGUUUUCUAUUUUUUUUUUUUUCACUGUGAAAUAGCCCAGAUGGUCUCCGAGCGGUGUUUGUUGAAGGGUGAUUGAUGUAAUGCCACUGCACUGGUACGGGUUCACUUGCUGCCUCGCUGAGGUCUCAAUAGUUUUGGUUUGUGGUUUAAUAUUCCUGUAGCACUUUAAUGCUUCACAACGCUGUCCCUGUCUGAAAAACUAGCUAUCAAAAUAGCUCAUUUAACUGGAGAGUCAAAUGAUGUUCUGUUGUAUUCACUUCAUAUCAACUAUAUUGACAACACUAAAGCAGUCUUCGACUGUAAUAUCAGACAUAAACAGUUGCUAUUGCACUUCAUUUCCUGAAACGAAAAGUUUUUACAUCUCUGUAUUUAUUGUACAAAGGACUACAUAAGCAGGGUUGCGUUGCUUCUAAGUCUUGGGUUUAAGGGUUAAACAUUUGACGUUGUUAUCGCAGCAUCUGUGUUUUAACAUGUUCCUUGUGAUGCAGGCAGAUUGUAAUAGCUCUGAACGGCCUCGAAGAGAAGCAGAAAUGAAUGAAUAAAAAGACCCAUUUUUCCA